CUAGAGGAGAAAAAUAUUGAACACCUCAAUUAGUAGUAAUUAAUUAAUCACGUCAUAUAUAAUGUAAUUAACACGUGGAGUUGGACAGUAUUUAAAAUAGUAAAAAGGGCCUAUAAAUACUCAUCUAUAUACACUCUUGUCAAAUUCUUCAUUCAAUUAAUUAAUAUAUACUUUUUAUUUACUUUGUAUCUUCAUAAGGAAAUCUGUAUUUGAGAAGGAUGGGAGGUGGAAAGGAUAAGCAUGCACAAUAUCCUCCUGGAGGACAGUAUCCUCCGGGAGGUCAAUUUCCUCUCGGAGGUCAAUAUCCUCCGGGACAGUAUACUCCAGCACUCGAAGGAUACCCUCCUCAGCAAGGGGGUUACCCUCCUCAACAAGGGUAUCCUCCAGCACAAGGAUAUCCGCCUACAGGAUAUCCUCCACAAGGAUAUCCACAGGCGGGUUAUCCUGGUCAACCCGCUCCACACCAUGGAGGACAUGGAAUGAUGGCGGGAUUAGCAGUUGCUGGCGUAGCAACGGCUGGAGCAGCCGCGUAUGGUGCUCAUCAUAUGGGACACGGUGGAGGUCAUCACCCUGCACAAGGUACUGCUCAUUAUGGACAUUAUGAUCAUGGAAAGCAUGGCAAGGGGCAUGGCAAGUUUAAGCAAGGAAAGGGGAAAGGAAAACACAAAAAAGGCAAGAAUCAUGGAGGCAAAUUCAAGAAGUGGAAGUAACUAACUAAUUCAACUUCAUGAUAGGCAUGCAAGUAAGUGAUAGAGAUAAGUUAUCGCAUAUGAUCUCGAGAUAAUUGAUCCUGAAAUAACUUGUUCACACCCAAACAACCCCAUAGUUUUACGCGUGUGACCAAAAGGUCUUACAUAUUUAAGCUCAGCCUAGCUAUGAAAACAACCUCAUAUAGAAAUUUAUAGUAAGAUUGCAUAUUGUAUUUUACAUGUUGUUAGUAGAAAAAAAUUGUUAAUUAUGUGUUGAAUUUGAUUGUGAAAACCUUUCUUUUGUA